AUGGUACAACAAGGGAAAAAGGGUAACGACCUUCCCAACGGCGGCACAAAGUAUAGAGAGCAAUCAACAACCAUGACCUCGCAAAGAAGAGACAUGGGAGAUGCUCGAGGAAAUGGUAUGGGAAAGGCGGAUGGCAGAUCGCAAAAUGGCAACUCAAGUUUCUUUCGUACAGAUGCUGCGAUUUCUGGCAACCGAAACCAAGGAGAGCGUGUAUUGCAAAAAUGGGUUCCCGAUAAGCCCUCUGAUACCGAUGGCUCCUUGGAAGGAGGUCGAGGAGGAAGAGUUGCUCCUUGGGAUCAGUUUGCAGAGAAUGAGCGCCGAUUCGGCUUGAAGACGGAUUAUGAUGAGAACAUUUACACAACUCAGAUCAACACAAACCAUCCGCAUUACGCGCAGAGACUUGCCGAAGCAGAUAGAAAGGCUAGAGAAAUUGAACGUAGCACAGCCAUGAACUCCCAUGUUGCAGAGGAACGCAUUGCAGAUCAUAUCGGGUCGAAUGAGAAUGGACUUGACGAAGAAGACAAUGGUGUUCGCAGACAACAGGAUUUCCCACCCCUUACCUCGUCGAAAGGUGCAUAUCAACCACCUGGAAAGCGUGCUCCUGUUGAUCGAACUCCUGCUGAACGUGCUCCUGUCGAACGUCCCCCUGUCGAUCGUGCACCCGCAGCUGCCCCAGUUGCUGCACCCGCGGAUCGUGGCCUUGUUGAUUCGGCUAUUAUGUUUGCUGGAGCGAAAGCCGACAAACCAGCAGAUAAGGUAAAACCAGCUGCAGCUGCGACUGCGAAGUCAGCAAAAUCAGACGUGGCAACCCCACCGACUACCACCGAGUCGAGCACCACUCCUACUCCCGAGCUUAAGGUGUCUGCGGCUCCUUCUGCAAGUCGCACAGUCUCCCCACAGGUCAAGACUACUGGUGGACCCAAUGCUACAGCAACUGUUGAGGCCGAUGUAUCUAAGGCUUUCAGGACCUUUGCUGCUAAUCAGCGAAACAAUAUUCAGCAAAUUCGCAUUAACAAAGCCAAGAAUGACAAGCAAAUCAAACUCAAUGACUUAAAGAGAUUUGCGAUUGAUUUCAAGUUGAACACUCCAGUUCCAUCAGAUCUUGUUCCUAUCAUUGCCAAGGAUCCUGCAAAGCAAAAAGCAAUCCAGGAGAAAGCACAGCGCAAUGCUGAAGAAGCAAAGCUGCAUCCUGCUGAUUCGGUCAAGCCAAUUACACCAGGUACGGAUGGGAAUGCUGCACAACGUUCAGCUACUACAACCACUCCUCAUACUACAUCACCACCGGCCGCUACACCUACUCGCCAAAAUGUUAAUCGUGGUCCUUAUCCUCAAGGUAGCCACAGUUUUACGCAAAAUUCUCGAGGCGAUAGACCUGUUCAAGCACAGCAGACCAUGCCCCGAAGCGGCACAGCCGGAAAUUUGGCCCAACGAUUAAGAACUCUCGAACAGAAUAGGCCCGCUCAAGUACCAUCGAAUGUGAUGCCAGCUCAUGAGGCUAGACUUCCUCCCACGGGUCCCUCGAACGCAGUUGACCCGAACUUUUCCCGUCGCUCAAGUGGUGUAACAAGCGCUCAAGGUGGUCCAAGACUGAACGCCAGCGUCAGCGAAUUUCGCCCAAAUGCAUUCGCAAAAGACUUUAGUCCGGCUGGUAACCCAAGCAGUGGUUCGAGUCCUCGUUCAAUGGCCAAUGCUCCAGAGACUCAAUCAACAACACCAGUCGCACGUUCUUUGAUUCGUCGUAAGCCAUUGGCAAAGAGCGCUCGCCCUUCACUCCAAGGCAAAUAUGAUGCAAUGGAACUCAUUAAGACCCUCAAGCCAGGAGAUGGAAAGAACUGGAGCGCAAAUGGUGGUUUAAAGCCAGCCUACGAUACCCAUUUGUUAUGGAAGUUGAGUGCUAACGGUGCUCCUACGGAGUCUUACGUCCAAAUCUUCGAAAAGGCACCAUUCCCGACUACAACACCAGUUGUAUCAGAGCCUCACCCACCGCAAGCGGCUCCACAAGUACCACAUCAACAUCAACUACCAUUCCACCUUCAAUCUGGUGUGCACAACAUUAACGCUAGACAAUCCCCACGUCAACCACCAAUUAGCAUGCAUGGAGCUCAAAUGGGUCACCCCACACCAACUUUCAGUGGUCCUGAUGAAAUGCGCAUGAUGCCAUCACACUCUGCACAGUCUUUCUCAUCUCCGAGAAUGCAGCAACUGCCGAUGGCAUUCCAUUCUCCAAUGGGUGCAAAUGCUCAAUUAGCCUACAAUCCACAGAUGGUACCUUACCCAGGUGCACCUCAAAUGCAACCAUUCAGAUCCCUUUCUCAAAACCAUCAAUUCAUGCCACAGCAGGGACAUAUGGGUCAACCAGUUAUGAUGCCUAACCCUGCAGGUGGGUUUUUGCCUCCACAAGGAAUGGCACCUGGUCCACAAAUGAUGUAUCCACCUGGUGCGCAAGGUCAAUUCAUGCCACCAAAUAAUGGUCAUCCUCCAGCUAUGCCAAAUGGCGGUUAUCCAAGUCCUGGUCGAGGUGCUCCAAUGAUGAUGAACCAAGGUUCCCAACAAGGUCAUCCACAACCUAUGUACGGUAUGAGUCCAGGUCCUCAAUACGGCAACGUAGCACCGGUUUUCCCUCAACCAAUUCCAAAUCAAAUGCCAAUGCGAGGUAGUUAUGGGGGACCAAACCCAUACGUCACAAGCCCUCAGAAUCUUCAAGGCGCCCCAAGAAAUCAAUAUAACCCAAAUUCAUCGGAUUACAUUAACAAACCAAACUACCGACAUGGUCAACACCCACACGGCCCACCAAACAAUCAAGUUCCAACUGGUCCUCAAGCUCAAGCUACUGUUGGGGCUGAUGAGAGUAAAUGA